CUCCCUUCCUAAGACAUAUUUAGAACGAGCCUUAUCGCGAAUUCACGGAGCCCCGUUUAAAGUAAUCAUUUGAAUUUUGGUCGUCUUCAAGCGUGUAGUCGAUUUAAGAUGCUGUGCUGGCAAACAUCAGUUUGGUUUUUCCUUCCAAUUGCAACUGCAAUUGCCUUUCAUUAUGAAUGUGCUCCGUACUCAGUGAGAUCCGUGUGCCGAAUUGAGUACAUUUCCUAUCAGCCUGGCGACCAAAUCUCGUUUCCUGCGGGCUACCAGCACUACUACAUCAAACAAAAAUCAAUGAGAGUAUCCAGUUUCAAUGUAACUAUCUUUGACCAGCAGCUCUACGAAGCAAUGCACCGACCAACUGGAAUUGAAAUGACCAGCACGAGAUUGGAGGAGCUAAUACUGCCAACUGAACUGCUUCUAGGAGACUUUAGCAGCAAUCAUAUCGAAACAGUGAAUACUACAAACGGAGAGAAUUUUCUUAUCACCUAUCUAGAUCUAUCGUCCAAUAUGAUAAGAAACGUGGACUUUGUCAGUCCCUUAGUAAAUCUAGAAGUGUUGCAUUUGGGACAUAACUCAAUUGAAGCUAUCCCCGGUUCAGCACUGAGUACACUGACGAAGCUCAAAUAUUUGUAUCUGCAGAGCAAUUAUUAUAUUACCUCGAUUCCCUGGAGCGAUAUACCACGAAGCAUAAUUCACUUGGAUUUCGACAGAGAUGGCCUUACAGAGGUAGUCUUUACGAACAUUGGUCUCCCGUCGUUGGAAUAUUUGAACAUUCGACACAACGAGCUUUUAACGAUCAAUAUUACUGAAUUGCUACGGGCCAUCCCUAACCUCAAGGAAGCACAUCUCUAUAAUAGCGGCCUGGGUGAAGAACAGAUGCGUAAAAUUUAUGCUGACCUAACGGCAAACAAUAUCAGUUUCACUAACCCAUUCGAUAGGUGUCAAGAUGACGAGCAAUAUAGCAUGACAUAUGGAGAUUGCAUAAAACGGCAGGAAGCAGAUCCAUUCUUGACAUCUCGCUUGCGAGGUGUACUGUUGUCGCUCGUAGUUGUAGCAACUGCGCUGGUUUUUGUGUGCAUGGUACUGCUAGUGUUCAAGCACAUGAACCGGUGACGAGGAGAAAAUAAAAACCAUCGGAAUGCUUAUCAACUACAUAUAGUGCAGAAGUUAUUCUUUGUCUCAACUUGUAUUGAUAAUGACAGCUAAUCUCGAAAAUGUUUGUCUGCGUCAAAACGGAGGCCAUAGUUGUUGUGUACUUUUCAACAAUCAAUUAUUAUGAAUUCAAUAUCAAAACUGCAAACCUUACUGUACAAAACGCAAACGUAGCAUCCACCAUUGGGUUUGGUUAGGAAACAAUAUCAUGUUAAAGUGAAGCUUGAGCUGUUUGAUGGUGACAGAUCGUUUAACAAUAAUGCAAAACUUAUUAGCUAGAAAUUGCAACUCAAAAAUUGCAAUGCAUGGCUUGGAAAUUUAUGUUCUGUUAUUAUAGUUAUAGUUCUGUUACAGUCUAGCAUGUUCUGUUCAAGUUGAGGCUAAUCUACAUAUGUCGCGUAGGGUGAAUUGUCCAACAAAUGCAGAACGCGAUAUUGCCAUUAAUGUUGUCCGAUAGUUAAAAUUUGAUUAUGUGGCAGUACCCAAGGCAUAUGUGUAUGUAUUACCAUUAAGCUUUGCUUGGGGAAGCCAAAUAAAUGUAAAUACCAAGUAACAAA